AUGUCCACCAAUCAUCACAACAACACCAGCUAUGUCAUUCUGUACCUCUUGGAGAUGGACCUUACCAUUGGAGAAGGUUUAGCAGAUCUGUCUCAGACACCCAAGCUGCCCAGCACAUCUACCACCCCCAAUUGCACAAGACCAGCUGCUAGAGCAAGCAGAACUCGAAACCAGCACACAGGCAGCAGGAAAUACUUUGUUUGGUCCAAUGACAAACAAGAGAAAGGGUUGAAGACAAGCAAGGAGAUGCUCUACAAGCAGAUCUAUGACAAGAUCUUUCCCAACAGCAACAUCACAAAUGGUGGUAGUUGUGUCAAGACCAAGCUGUGCUGGCUUGAGAGUCAAUACAUCACCAUAAAGAAUACUUUCUCACAGACUGGCUCUGGUCUUCUCCUUUGUGAUCUCAGCCCUGAUCAUUUGGACUUUGCAUCUCACUUGGCUGCAGUUGCCAAGUAUCCCUGGUUUGAGAUGUUUCACAAGAUGAUGUUGAAGCACCCAUCUGCUGGCACUGUCACCCUUGUGACUAGUGGUGCCUAUGAUCCUCUUCAAGCCUCACAGUCCAGCAAUGGUGAUGCAGGCAAUGCCAUGGAAGAAGACAACAUUCCUUUCCCAUCUUUUUGCUCAAUUCCUGGCCUUGAAGCCCUUGCUGAAGGUGCCCCUGACAAUCCCAUUGGACCAAAAGUCCUCACUUCAUCUAGUGCCUUCCCUUCCCCAUCCACUUUGUCCAAUCCCUUUGGUUCACCAGGUGCUGCUCCAUGCAAUCAUUUGGCUAGCACUGCCUUUGGUGUUGAUCAAGAACCUGAAAGUGCUGGCCUCAGCUCCCCUACCAAGAAAACUUCUGCUUCCAAGAAAUGA